GCAGCCCCUCGCCAGUUAUAUGUCAGAGAGGAUUCUUCCAAAGCAAUGAAGCCCAACCAUCCUGUGAUGUGUGUCCAUCCGGCAUGUAUUGUGACCCCCAUGAACUGGGCAAUGUGACAGGCGUGGUGACCCCUGUGAUGUGUCCAGCUGGCUACUUCUGCCCCAACAACACUCAGUAUGCCACCCAGAAUCCUUGUGCCCCUGGAUCUUUUAGUAAUAACACUGGACUGGCCGCACAGGCUGACUGCAGUGACUGCACACCUGGGAUGUACUGUGGUACAGCAGGCCUCACAGAGCCCACUGCACAGUGCCAGGCUGGCUAUUUCUGUAAUGGCCGGGCUAGCACUGCCACACCUACAGAUGGAGCCACUGGUGACAUCUGUCCUCAAGGAUUGUAUUGUCCUCAAGGAUCGAGUGUGGGUGUCAACUGCCCGAUAGGUCGCUAUGGCAACCAGACAGGUCUAACUACGUCAACAGAAUGUACCCUGUGUGACCCUGGCUGGUACUGUCCCACACCUGGCCUCACUGCCUCCUGGGGAGAGUGUACUGCAGGGCACUACUGUGAGCUGGGGGCCACAGCAGCCAGUCCAAGGAAUGAAACCUGGGGCUACCUGUGUCCUGUGGGUCACUACUGUCCACAGGGAAUACCCACACCAACCCCAUGCCCACAAGGGACAUACCAACCUUCUGCUGAUGGAAAAGCCAAUGUGACAGACUGCCUAGCCUGUGAUGCAGGUUACUACUGCCAAGUAUCUGGAAGUGAAAAUGUCACCAACCAGUGUAGUCCAGGUUAUUACUGCCAGGGCGGCGCCAACGUCUCCACUCCCACAGAUGGUGUGACUGGAGACAUCUGUCCAGCAGGACACUACUGCCCUCUAGGGUCAGGUUCACCAACCCCUUGCAGCAAUGCCACUUACAUGAACCAUACUGGGGCAUCAGAGUGCUACCCAUGUCCAGCUGGUCACUACUGUGUCAACAGGGACAGAGCUGACCCCUGUCCACAAGGGUUCUACUGUCCAGCCAGUACUGGUGCUGAUAUACAGCCAUGUCCAGUUGGAACAUACGGUGCCACCAUCAUGCUUGCAAAUGAAACAGACUGCAACCCCUGCACUGGUGGUUUCUACUGUGCCACCCCAGGUCUCCCUGCACCCACUGCUGCCUGUGACGCUGGAUUUUACUGUACUUCAGGAGUGAACAUCUCUGCUCCUCAAGAUGGUGUCCCUUACACGGGACAGGGUGGACUCUGUCCCAUGGGAUCUGACUGUCCCGGUGGCUCUGCCUAUCCCACCAUCUGUAGGGUUGGGACAUACACCAACCAGACUGGGACAGCUGCUUGUGAUACCUGUCCUGAAGGUUUCUUCUGUGUGAAUGAGACUAUCAACCCAGAGAUGUGUCCAGCUGGUCACUACUGUCCAGCAGGCACAGAGUUUGAUGUCCAGUACCCAUGUCCUGCUGGCACUUUCAACAAUGAUACAGGGGCCAGUAACUUGACCAACUGUGUCCAGUGUUCCCCAGGGUGGUACUGUCAUGGCACAGGGAAUGUAGUGCCCACGGGUCAGUGUGAUCCUGGCUUUUACUGUCCAGGAGGGUCAUACCAGCAAAGACCAUUUGACUCUGGAGUACUGGUCAAUGUUUCAGGAUCUCUACAGAGUCUCUUCUCCAAUGACACCUGUACACCAACCUGGGACUGUGUCUGUCCAUCUUUCCUAAUGACCACUGGUGGUGUGUGUCCAAUUGGCUACUACUGUCCACAGGGCUCAGCCAACCCACUGCCUUGUGAUGGCGGGAAAUAUUGUGAGAGUCCAGGACUAGCCGAACCUACAGGUGAGAUUUUAACUACUUCCUAA